AUAAGAGACCAAAGAUCUCAGCUGAUCCAGAGAAAUCAGUUGGGAAAGAACAGUUGCAUUAUUUCUUCAUUAUUAUUCACCACUGAACCUUAUUAAAGAAGGUUUUCAGGUUACUGCAAGAGUUAGAAAGUCAUGGAGUCAAACACUUUGAGAGAUAGCUGUAGCCAGUGUGAUAUCAAGAACCUGAACUCUAUCAGGAAUAUCAUUAACUCUCUGAAGCUGCGAUGUUCAGGGUCAAUCUCCGUAGCCGUAAAGCAGACCAACACAGGAGAAGGGAAAGAGAAUCUUCCACAAGAGAGGAAAACCUUGAAGAUAUCAAAAGAGCCAGAAAAAGGGAGUGGCAUUUGCAACAAGAGUGUUACCCUCCAAGUGUCUCCACAAGCAGGCCUCGGGGCCAACCCCAAACACAACCAGAAACAUCCAAGCCAGACGGCAGGAGAGGGAUACAUGAGAAAACAUAAACCUCCUACAGCAUCAUCUCCUUUUCAUCCAGUCUUCAUGAAGAGUGAUAACCAAGAGGCACCUGAAGCUGUUUUGGGAAGAAUAAGAGGCCAUGGAAGAAAGCAAGAAAGGACAAACACCCCAUUAGAGCACAAUAUAGCCACAAAAGGCCAUAAUUCAGGAUCUCCACAUAAUGGCAAGGUCAGUUAUGGCACACAGAUUCCAUCCAGGACUUCAGUCUACACUCUGAAUUCAAAGUCAUUGCCACUCAACAGUGGUACUAAGAUCAGCACUUCAUCAAAGUGCCAAUCAGAUGUGUCACAUUUGCUGAAGAAGUUGCAGUCUCAUAAUACUGUAAAGCGAGUAUAUGAAGGCAGUUUGGGAGACCAAGACGUGCAGCAAAGCAUGGACCAUUCCAUACCACAGAACCAAAAUCCAGACUUACCUUACAACUUAAAGUCAACACCUCAGCGACAGCAGCCCAAAAGGCAGUGCACGAGAAAACCUCUUAGUAUAAGAAAGGUCAUCCGCAUCACGCUGCCGAAGGAUAUUCAGGCACAGAGAAUCUGCUUUGUACUAAGCGAAGUUGCAAAGGCCUUUCACUGCAGUGUAUCUAUUGGAGAGGCAGUCCAAGAUUUUUCAGAAUCCAGAGGAAUAGGAAAUAGCCCUGUAGACCCAUAUGUGAAUUAUCCAUUCUUGCAAGCGCCUAAUGAGGCAUUCUCCUGGUGCCAUGCAUAUGCCCAUAACUACCAGAGGGAAGGAAGAUCACCUAGCAAACGCACCCAAAAUUGUGAAUGAACCUCUUGAAGUAAGAAAGCAAGUAAGAUCCGUAAUCAGUUGCUGUAAGAGGGGGCAUUAGGCAAAGGCAUACCCAGAGGAGAUAUUAAACAUCAACCUCAAACAAGAGGCAACCGAUUCUACAAAGAAAUCAUUCACUACGAUGAAGAUCUUGGAGGCUCUUGCUGGUUGUAGUGUCCUUGUUUGGACAUUCCUUAUGUUGGAACAGUAAACUGAACUUGAUUGUAUUUCCUAAUUAUUUGCAUGUCAGAAAUUUUUCAGCCUUUUUGUGUGAUAUGGUUAUA